AUGCUGUCUGGAGUGCAAGUUCAGCUGGGCAAAAACGGAAUAUUCCUCUUAAACAACCUGUGCGAAGGGCUCCACCUCAGCAUGCGGGACGAACCCCUACGUCCCCCCUUCUGCGCCACGAGCGCACACAGUGAGGCCAAGCGAAGAACCCUCACAUAUACUUAUGAAGAUUUUAAGAUGGAGAAUGAAAUUUUCUUCAACUCUCAUGGAAAAAUGAGCAACAUAUACAAUAACAUACUAGGUGGCAGAAACUACUUUGACGGGACUGACGCGAUUGAUAAUGAGAGCAGAGACAGGGGCUCUUCAACACAUUCGAAGUGGAGAGCCGGGGCAAGUGCUUCCACGUGCAGAGAUGGGGAGGAAUUACUACAACGCGGCGAUGAGUACGCGCGGCCAUCGGUCGAGUCCAACCAAGAAAAAACCUACCGACGGCCUCUGAGGGAGGAGGAGACUUCUUCACUCCUCCAUUACACAAGUCGAUACAGCAGCAUGUGGCUCUAUUCAACCCACCAGAGGGUACAUGGCACAAGCUUCACCAGAGAACAUACAAAAUGUACCAUUCAAAAAAGGAGGAGAACCUUGGAAAGGUGCAAAACAUUUAAAAUGAAUAAAAGAUACACAAAUUACGACCCGCGUGUCCACAAGAAAAAGCAUAACAGUGUGUGCCUUAAAAGGAAAAACAAAAAAGAAGUGCCACGGGGUACUAUCACAGGGCAGCUCAACAAAAGGGACAUCACAUUGUUCGCAGACCAUCCGUUGAAAAAUUUGAGCAAUUUUGAAAAUUUCUCACCUUCCAUCCAUGCGUAUUGUAGAGGAGAGAGUGCACACAUGGUCUUGCACCGUGAGGAGGAACACCUAGAACAGGUACUCCCAUCAGAGGAUACACUAGACAAACACAACAAGGACAAGUACCUUCAGUACAUCUCCCAUACGAUAAAAAGACAAGAGAGUAAAACCAGCUGCUUUGAAAAAAAUGCAGAUCGGAUACUCGAUCUCGUGGAACUUGUGCUUUAUAACAGAAUGAAGGAAGCCUUUUUUUUAAAGGAGAAGAUCUGCGACAGAGACAGAUAUAAAGAAUUGUGUCCCCAUGUCUUCUUCUUCAACAACGAUGACGACCUGAUUGAAACGAUGGACCGGAAAUGCCAAUUCUUGCCCAAGGUACCCGCCAAGGAAAAUCUCACCACCUACCUAGGACCUUCCCCCUCAAGCAUCUUCGGACACCACUACUACAUGUACAAAUAUUUUUUCAAACUUGUUAAGGUACACAUAAAACUGUACACAUGGCCCGAACCAUAUGACGCGAACAACACUGUACAAAAUAAAAGUUUGAAGAAUGUCAACUGCUCUGAUCUACUAUAUAGUUACAAAAAGGGAAUGGAUUUUCCAUGCGGGAAUGAUAUACGAAGGGCCACCAAAGUGGACAAGGAGGCGAAGAGGAAAAAGAAAAAAAAAAAUUUAUUUCCUUCCCUCCAGCCUCUUCCUACGAGAGAGGACAAGGGGGAGAUGAAACACACGGAAUACAUAACUGUGAACAAAAUUGCACCCGAUUUAAUUUACCUUUUAAAUUAUAAAAAUGUGACACUCAGGUGA